AUGGCUGGGGCACGGCGGAUAAAAACUUUGUUGACUGUAAACAUCUGCGUUUUUGUGGGCAUUAUACUGUUCUCGAUUUACUGCAGAAUUCAGGAUCGCUCAGAGGAAUUCAUGAAAAACGGCAGGACCACUGAGCAAAGAUCUAACCGUAGAAAUGGAAAAGUCACUAACUUUGUGGACAAGCAGGCUAUUCUUCAAAGGCUCGAGUAUCUUGAGGACGUGGUCUACCAUCAAUUAAACGGGCUGGGAAAGCCGGUUGGAUUGCUGGAGGGACAAAUGGGUCUGAGACAGGGGCAGGCCAGGAACCCUGCAACCCUGAGAAACCCUGUCCGUGACCCAGAUGGGGGAAAGUACAAAGAUUAUGGCUACAACGCACAGCUGAGCAAUCAAAUCCCGCUGGAUAGAUCCAUUCCCGACUACAGGCCGAAAAAGUGCAAGCUGAUGACUUACCCAGAUGACCUCCCUCAGAUGACGGUGGUGUUCAUCUUUGUAAACGAGGCCUUGUCUGUGAUCCUACGGUCAGUCCACAGCCUGGUCAAUCACACACCUGCAUACAUCCUCAAGGAGAUCAUCCUGGUGGACGACAACAGUGACAGUGUGGACCUAAAGCUGAACCUGGAUCAGUAUGUGAAUAAGAAUUAUCCAGGCCUAGUGAAGAUUGUCAGAAAUAGCAGACGAGAGGGACUUAUACGGGCCAGAAUCCUUGGAUGGAAAGCAGCCACUGCACCAGUUGUCGGCUUCUUUGACGCACAUGUUGAGUUCAACACAGCAUGGGCAGAGCCAAUCCUAACAAGAAUCAUGGAGGAUCGAACACGUAUUAUUCUGCCUUCGAUCGACAACAUCAAGCACAACACGUUUGAGGUGCAGCAGUAUGCUAACGCGGCCCAUGGCUACAACUGGGGCCUGUGGUGUAUGUACAUCAUCCCCCCUCAGGCCUGGCUGGACAGAGGAGAUCAGACGGCCCCCAUCAGGACCCCUGCCAUGAUUGGCUGCUCCUUUGUGGUGAACAGAGAAUACUUUAGAGAGAUUGGCCUUCUAGACCCAGGCAUGGAGGUGUAUGGAGGAGAGAACAUUGAGUUGGGCAUGAGGGUAUGGCAGUGCGGAGGGAGUAUGGAGGUUUUACCUUGUGCUCGGGUGGCACACAUUGAACGCACCAAGAAACCCUACAACAACGACAUUGAUUACUAUGCCAAGCGCAAUGCCUUGAGGGCAGCCGAGGUAUGGAUGGAUGACUACAAAUCCCAUGUAUACAUGGCCUGGAAUAUCCCCAUCAAUAACCCUGGGGUUGAUUUUGGAGAUGUUUCUGAGAGAAUCGCCUUGAGGAAGAAAUUGCAAUGUCGCAGUUUCCAGUGGUAUUUGCAGAAUGUGUAUCCAGAGAUGCGAGUGUACAACGACACCAUCACCUACGGCGAGAUGCGGAACAGCAAGGCCAGUGGCUAUUGCUUAGACCAAGGACCAGAUCAUGACAACAGUCCAAUUCUCUACCCGUGCCACGGCAUGACAUCUCAGCUGGCCCGUUACACCUCAGCGGGGCUUCUGCAGCUUGGUCCCCUGGGCUCCACUACGUUCCUGCCCAACACCAAGUGUCUGGUGGACGAGGGACGAGGGCGGACGCCAAGUCUAAAUAAAUGUGAGGGAAUGUCACGCUCAUCACAGAGGCUUUGGGACUUUACUCAGAAUGGCCCAAUAAUCAGCAGAGACACUGGUCGUUGUUUGGAAGUAGAGAUGUCUAGAGAGGCCAGCUUCGGCCUGCGCCUAGUGGUCCAGAGGUGCUCUGGUCAGAGGUGGACUAUUAGGAACUGGAUCAAACCUCCACGACACUGAGGGCGGUCUCACACUCGAAAAGGAGGUACACCAUGUACAGGCCAGCUGAUGUCUACAAAGGGACAUGGGACCCCUGUAGCACUUGUACUAUCCUCUUCACAAAGAUUGUGUUCCUUUGGAUUGAGGCUAUAGACUCUGUUGUCUGUCCCUAGAAAGGUCAAGGAAUUUCAAAAGCAUCUUAACACCAACCUUCAACAUCUCAAGCACCUCAAGACCAAGUCAUCACAAAGUAUGGAGGACACA